AUGUCGGGCUUUAUGGCCAACCUGUUCCCAGGAGGGACAAGAGACACUCACAACUCGUCGCGGCCAGAGACACCCACAAGAAACAGCUUCAUCAAUCCGUCCAGCACGCCCCAGGGCAGCCCCAGCAAGAGAACAAUCCCUCCCGGGGCCCACGAACUGCCCGAUACAUUCGACAAUGCGCUCAAGCUGAGCACUCCUGUGCUCGAAAGGCCCAGACUUGACCGCCCCUUGAGCGUGAUCACCACCCCGCAGUCUUCCGGAAGGGGCAACGAAAACAGCCCAAGCAUGGACGAAAGCGUGUUGCACAAGGGAACGACCUUCACUGGCAGUCCAUUGAAGAAGUCCCAUGGACAGGAAAACACCCCUCCCAUCCCGCGCUUGGGAGCGACCGACUCCCCUUACCAGCAAAGCCAUGCAGCCAUCUCUCGCCAUGAGCUGUACCAGCCCAGAGAGAAGGCCGCAACUCCCAGAAACAAGUUCAAUACCCAGAGAGCUCUUACUCCAGAAGAGUUGGAGAUCCUGCAACGUCCCAAUGUGCGAAGACUUGUCAACGUAACGCAGCUUUAUUUUCUUGACUACUACUUCGACCUCCUCACCUACGUCGGCUCCAGACAGAACAGGUUGACUGCAUUCCAGUCGGAAAUUCCGCCCCCGCCCGAGACUGACGAAGCGACAUACAAUCAGAUGUGGCAGAAGUAUAAGGGCCGGGAGCGUGCCAACCUGAGAAAGAGGCGUGUCAGACUUCGUCAGGGUGACUUCCAGAUCCUGACGCAGGUUGGACAGGGGGGCUACGGCCAGGUCUUCCUCGCCCAGAAGAAAGACACUCGCGAGGUUUGCGCCCUAAAGGUGAUGAGCAAGAAACUGCUCUUCAAGCUGGACGAAGUCCGCCAUGUGCUGACAGAGCGCGACAUCCUUACGACCGCCAAGAGUGACUGGUUGGUUCGCCUGCUUUACUCUUUUCAGGAUGACAAGAGUAUCUAUCUUGCCAUGGAGUAUGUGCCAGGUGGAGACUUCCGCACCCUGCUGAAUAACACUGGUGUUCUGAGCAAUCGCCAUGCGCGUUUCUACAUCGCCGAGAUGUUUUGCUCUGUUGAUGCGCUCCAUCAGCUUGGGUACAUCCACAGAGACUUGAAGCCGGAGAACUUCCUUGUUGACUCCACUGGGCACGUCAAGCUUACUGACUUUGGAUUGGCAGCGGGCAUGCUCGCUCCAGCCAAGAUCGAGUCCAUGCGAGUCCGUCUCGAGAAGGCUUCCGAGACAUCAGUGCCGUUUGGAAAGCCCAUGGAUAAGCGAACUGUGGCGGAGCGGCGAGAAGGCUACCAGACGAUGCGGGCGAAGGACAUGAACUACGCCAAGUCCAUCGUUGGCUCGCCUGACUACAUGGCGCCCGAGGUUCUUCGGGGGGACGAGUACGACUACACUGUGGACUACUGGAGUUUGGGCUGCAUGCUGUUCGAGGCACUGACAGGAUUCCCUCCAUUUGCCGGUUCCACCCCUGAUGAGACUUGGCGGAACUUGAAGCACUGGAAAGAUGUACUCAAGCGGCCCGUCUGGGAGGACCCCAACUACUUCCUCAGCAACCGCACAUGGAACUUCAUCACGACCUGCAUCAACUCCCGGUCCAGACGCUUUUCCAACAUCAAAGAGAUUUAUGAGCAUCACUACUUCGCCGAGGUUGACUGGGACACCCUGCGGAGUACCAAGGCUCCAUUCGUGCCCGAGCUCGACUCAGAGACUGACGCAGGAUACUUUGAUGACUUCUCCAACGAGGCUGACAUGGCCAAGUACAAGGAGGUGCAUGACAAACAGCAGGCGUUGGAGACCAUGGCGGAUCGCGAUGACGAGAUGGGCAAGAGUCUCUUCGUUGGCUUCACAUUCCGCCACCGCAAAACCACAGACGAUGUCAGUCCGCGCAAGCCGAUACCAUUCAAGGAGGAAGAGGUCACCUUCGGCACGAUGUUGUAG